AUGACAAUUAAUACUGUUACCCAAUCCCUUCCUUUGUCCUCUCUCAUCUUUAUAACCGAAACAUGGCUUCUUCCUCCUCUCCAUCUCCCUACUUCGUGGCAGCAAUUCCAUACCUAUGGUUUGCCUGUCCCCAACAUGCGUCGUGGUCAAAUGGGAAUCUCGUUGCUGGUCAAUCCUGAUUUUCCUUACCCUGUUACGCAUAUUCCUUCUGUCUCUCCUUAUGUAUUAUCCUGUCAGGUUGCAUCCACUUUGAUUCACUGUGUCUAUUUGCCUCCUACUGCUUCUUUUUCUGACUCUGAUGCACUAGCUGUACUCCGUGAUCUGCCUCUCCAUCCUAGUCCCUCCCAAACAAACACAAUCAUAUGUGGUGAUCUCAAUGCUCGCCAUGCUCGUUUAUUGGGUGAUACUAAGACUACUACUAGAAGUACUCUUCUAUAUGAGUGGCUGCUUGAUACUGGUCUCUAUUGUUGGAAUGCUUCUUUUGCUUUUGGUGAGCCUACACUUGUCAAACAACGUCGUCGUCGUAUUGUCCAUCACGAUGAUGCGAAUGUGUCGUCAAGUGCUAGUGCUUCUGGUGUUGUUGGUGCUCCUGUUGGUGUCCCUGAUGGUGCUGCUGCUGGUUCUGGUGUCGUCUCUGGUGUUGUCUCUGGUGGUGGCUCUUUUGAUGACUCUGGUGGUAGUGGUGUUCUUGGUGCUUCUGGUGUCUCUGGUCGUGGUCCUGGUAUUGGUGUCUCCCUCGAUGGUGGUGCUGUGUCUGGUGUUACGGCUGAUAAUUCUGAUCUGCUCUCUGAUUCUAGUGAUGAUAGUGACUGUACGGAUGAUGGUGAACCUGUGAAUGAUCCAAUGUCAUACAUCUCCUACGCUGCUGGUAGUAUCAUUGACUUGUUCAUUGGUACCCAUGGCCUCUUGCAUCCUUCCUUGAUCGUACACUCUAAUAUGAGUAUCAACUCUGAUCAUCAUCCUGUGUCGCUGUCCUUUGCCUUUGAUUCUCCCCCUCCUGUUCGUGUGGAUCACCCGCGGUGGAUGUGGAAUCUAUCAAAGUUGGAGGACCCAAGUUGCUCCUAUGCUCCUCUGUUUGCAAAUCGUAUUGCUCCCUUUCACGAUGACCUGGUGUCUCUGUUGCCCUCUACUGCCUGUCCUGACUUUGAUGCAUUAGGUAAUACUCUCACCGAUUGUAUUCAUUCGUCCUUGACAGAGCCUGUGGGUCGUCGCUUACCAAAGCCUCCUGGUAAUGCCUGGUUUUGGACCUCUGAUUUGCAAGCUGCCUUUGACCUUCGUGAGCAUCUCCAUACCCGCUGGGUUCGUUCUCCUAACCCCUUCGAACAAUGUAAACGCUGGGGUGAAUAUCUUGCUGCUAAGAAGGCAUUCCAAAAGGCUAUUCGUCGUCGGCGUCGUCAAAGCUGGAAACAGUUUUGUACCAAGAUGGCUACACAGCCUUUAGGUGAUACUACUGGUACGCUCAAGCGGAUUAUCCGUGGUCGUAGUCUCAGUGCUCCUUUCUCCCACCCUGAAGGUCCUGUUGCUGCUGCUUCUACUAUGGCCCAACACCUUCGUGGUAUCUAUGCUGGUGAUUCCCUGCUUCCAAACCGGCCUAAUGCUCCUCCUACUCCUCUUGUGCCUCAUUCUGUGGAUGAAUGUCCGUUUGAUGCCGAUGAUGUUGACUACUACUUAAGAAAGCGUUUGGCCAGGCGGCGUGCUCCUGGUGGGGACCAUAUCCGUGCGGAAAUGCUCCUUCCUAUCCGUGAAUCUCUGGUGCCUGUACUUUAUCUGUUGUUUCAGCUGUGCUGGCGUUGGUCUCGUACUCCUGCUUCUUGGCGAUUAGCACAGGUGGUGCCAAUUUACAAGAAGGGUGAUCCUCUUGAUCCUGGUAAUCAUAGACCCAUCUCUUUGACUUCUGUGUUUCGAAAGUUGUUGGAACGAUGCCUUUAUGAUCCUUUGGUGUCUUCUGCUCCUGCGUUGGAUGUGGUGCAAGGUGGUUUUCGUGAGCGUCGUGGUGCUCCUGAUCAGGCGCUCUGUCUACAUGAACUCUGUCUUCACCAUACUCUUGAUUAUGGUUCUCCUCCUGUUUUGGCUUUUCUGGAUAUCAAAUCUGCAUACGAUACGGUUGACAGAGCUGUCAUUUGGCGUGCUCUCGAAACGUAUGUAUCAGAUGCGAUGCUUGGUCUCCUUCAGCAUUUGUUUGAUGAAGUGUCUGUUCAGGUCUUGGUGUCUGGUGCUGUUUCUGAUGGUUUUUGGCCUGGUACUGGUGUGUUGCAAGGCUCCAUUUUGAGUCCUUUUCUUUACUCCGUGUACAUCAACUCUCUGCCUGCGGUGUUGCGUGCUCCAUUUAACCCUCGGGUGGUGGAGCGUCCUCCUCGUUUGUAUAACGGUCUUUGGAUCAAUAGUUUGAUGUAUGCUGAUGAUGUGGUGCUAAUUGGAACUGCCGAGUCUAUGCCUUUGUUACUUGCUCGUGUGGAAGCUCAUUCUGUGUCUCUGGGUUAUCGGUGGAACCCUCUGAAAUCUGUCGUCCUCAAUGCUGGUGUUGGUGGUGGUGCUACUGGUGUCUCUCCUGGUCUUGGUGCUGGUGUUUCUCUGUCUCUCUAUGGUCAAGCUAUACCUACUGCUCACUCUUUUACCUACCUUGGUUUGCCGUUCAAUGUGAAGGGUAGCUUGGACACCGAUCUCUUAUUGACUAGAAAUAGUCAAUCAGCGUUAGGUGCUAUGCGUGGUUUGCAAUCUCUUGGCCUUCAUUCUGCUGGUUUCUCCAAGCUCCUAUCUGCUAAACUGUAUGCGGCCUUUAUUCGGCCCAAACUUGAGUUUGGUCUGUCUAUUUCCUGGUUCUUGAAACGUCAUUUAAAGCUUUUGGAAAAAGCUCAAAAUCAGUGUCUCCGUCUGGCUUUUGGUGGCCAUCGUACCUCUUCCGUCGUGGUUUUUCGACAUUUAACCAAUCUUCCCACUAUGGAGGAACGUGUUGAUAUUCUGACUAGUAAAAUGCUCUGGCGGGUGCAUACGCAACUGCCUGGUGAUACUCUUCUUAUGGUUUUGGCUCCCUCACUUGUGUCCUUCAAGCAUCGUUUGAACAAGUUGGCCGUCAAAAAUCCAAUCUGGGAUCCUACUUUUGCUGGUGGUGGUGCUGAUAAUUCUCUUGCUUUGGAUCGUCGUGGUCUUGCUGACAAGAUCAAGGUGUAUCGUCUUGAUUCCCUCCAAUGUCGGUUACAUCCUGCUCCUCCUGUUUCUCCUCCUGUUCUCCUCUCUGCUUGUCGUCCUUCACUCAUGGUGGAUCCCAUCCUGUAUCUUCCAAUGUCUGUGUUUGACCGUAGUCGUAUUCUCCGUUGGCGCAUGGGAUGGCUACCUGCUAGGCCAGUUCCAUGUCGUUGUGGUGCUCCUCACGCUAGCCGCAACCAUCUGCUAGAGUGUCUUGGUGUUGCUUCAAAGCUUUUGUUUACUGAUGAUCCUCUUGGUGCUGAUUAUUUGCCCAAUCCUCUGGACUUUUGGCUCAAUCGACUACCUCGUAUGCAACCUUCUGCCUCUAAACUCGUGUCGUCUCGCUCCUUUUGGUCUGUUCGCUGGCCUGUCAUGCUCCAAAUCUUUUUGGAUAUCGACAUGAUCUGUCAUCCUGAUGCUGAAUUUACUGGUAAAGCUCUGGACUCGUCUGGUUCUGCCUUUCUCAACUGGUUGACCCCGGUUUCCUCAACUACCUCUGUUUCGGGUACGCCUCCUAUCUCUUCCUCAGAUAGUGCUGGUAUUACUGUCGCUAUUCCACAUCUUUUGUCUCACUAA